UCCAAGCCAAAGCAGGUAACCCAACCUUGCCGCCGUCUGCACUCCAACGACCAGGUGACCGGAGGAAAAGCAUCGGAGAAUCCAGAUCUCUAACCCGAGAUCUUAACCCUAUCCAGCCGCAAUUCCCAAUCAAUCCAAGACCACCACCUGUCAGAAGCCGUUUAAUUUCUACUUUUCAUCACAGAAAGUUCAUUAUAUAUUCUUCCCUCAAUUUGAUACAAUUCUUUGCAAAUUGAAAAUUGAAGAUAGAAACAAAAAACAAAAAACAGACGGAGUAACUUUGGGUAUUCCUCCAAAAUUUGUUGUCAAUGGGAUUAUCUUAUUUCAUUAAGACAUUGAUCUAUUUGAGUAGAACCAACUAUUCUUUCUUUGACAACAACUCAACACUGUUAAAGUUCACAGAGACAGAUCAAGAUGAAGAUUGAAGUUGAAGUAAUCUCUCAAGAAACAAUAAAACCUUCAACUCCAACCCCUCACCAUCUCCGCCAUCACCAGCUCUCCUUUCUCGAUCAGUUAGCUCCCCACGCCUACGUCCCUUUCCUCUACUUCUACUCCCUCCCCAACACUCACAACAACCACACCCAAAUCUCCACCCACCUCAAGAAAUCUCUCUCCAAAAUCCUAACCCAGUACUACCCAAUAGCCGGCCGAGUCAAAUUCAACCUCUUUGUGGAUUGCAACGACCAUGGAAUCCCCUUCUACGAAGCUCGAGUCAAAUCCCACUCACUCUCUGAUGUCAUCACCAAUCCCUCCCUCCCCGAAUUGAACAAGUUGUUACCUUUCGAGCUUGACGUGGUCACAGACAUAGCUCUCGGAGUUCAACUGAAUCUGUUUCCGUGCGGAGGAAUUGCUAUUGGGUUGUGCGCUUCGCAUCGAAUUGCAGAUGGGUUGUCAUUUUUCACGUUUGUCAAGAACUGGGCAUCAACUUCUUGUGGAAAUGAGUGUGUGAAUCCCGAUUUUUCUGCAGCUUCGAUCUUCCCUCCAAAGAAUAUGGAUGGGUAUAACGGCGUUCCUCUCCCGAAAAGGAAAGAUAUUGUGACCAAGAGGUUUGUGUUUGAUGGGUCGAAGAUCGAAGCUUUACGAGCAACGUAUGCAGAGAGCAUCAGACUGAAGACCAAGAAACGCCCGUCGCGGGUUGAGGCAUUGUCUGCCUUCUUGUGGAACAGGUUUAUGGCCGAGGUUGCAAAAGAAGAAGAAUCAAGUUCAACAAGGUUGUACACGGUUGUGUAUAUUAUGGAUCUCCGUUCGAGGUUUGACUCACCUCUGCCGCAGAAUAGUUUUGGGAACUAUUACCGGGCAGCCACUGCAACUCCAACAUUGGUUGAUGGGGAGGAGAGAGGUGGCCUUGUGAGGCAGGUGAUUGAGGAAAUAGAGAAGAUUGAUAGUAAGUAUAUGAGGAAAUUUCAAGAUGGCUAUAAGGAACAUUUGGAUUUCAUGAGGAGAAGGAUGGAAAGGGCUGCAAAAGGAGAGCUUGUUACAGUGACAUUUUCAAGUCUGUGCAGGUUUCCAUUGUAUGAGGCUGAUUUUGGUUGGGGGAAGCCAGCGUGGGUGAGCAUGGCUUCCAUGAGAAUCAACAACCAAAUAGUUUUCAUGGACACCAAAUUGGCUGAUGGAAUAGAGUCGUAUUUUAGCUUCAAGGAGGAAGACAUGGCCAAGUUUGAACUUGACUCAGAGUUCCUCGAGUUGAUUUCUCCAAUUGGUAAUGUCAAGAAAAAUCCAUUUGCACGUCUUUAAAUAUAAGUUGAAUCAUCCAUCAAUAAUAUUUCUAGUGUAGCAAUGUGAUCACAUUAUGCA